AAACGGCGGCGGCUGCCGGGAAGGGAGCGGGACCGCACCGGGACCGCACCGGGACCGCACCGGCAGCGACACGGUCCGACCGGGACACGCUGCGAGCAGCGCCGGGACCCGCACGGACCGCGGGACUCCCCGGAACCACCGGCGAGAAGAACCGGGAGCGAGCGGGAGCCGGCAGGAGCAGACCGAGACCCGCCGGGACACAGCAGAACCACCGGGACACAGCAGAACCCGCCGGUCCCCGUGCCCCCGAUGCUGUCUCCCCCCAUUCGCCGGCUCCUGGCCCUGCUGGGCCCCGAGCGCGGGCGGUGGGCGCUGGUGGGGGGGCUGAUGUCGGCUUCGGCUCUGGGCGAGGUGGCCGCCCCCUACUUCACGGGCCGCGUCACCGAGCGGGUGGCGCAGGAGGAGGACGCCGCCGCCGCCGUGUGGCCCCUGCUGCUGCUGGGGCUGGGCAGUGCCAUCACCGAGCUGGGCUGUGACGCCGCGGCGGCGCUGGCGCUGACCCGGGCGCGGCAGCGGCUGCAGGGCGGCGCGGUGGCCGCGGUGCUGCGGGGGGGCGUUCGCCGGCGGGGCGGCCUCGGCGACACGCCGGGCGCGGUGGCGCUGGUGACCGGGGACGCCGAGGCGGCGACGCGGGCGCUGGGGGACGCGCUGGUGCCGGGGCUCUGGGCGGUGACGCUGGCGGUGGCGCUGCUGGCCGCGGUGGCCGCGCUGUCCCCGCUGCUGGGGCUGCUCACGCUGCUGGCGCUGCCGCUGUUCCUGCUGCUGCCGCGCGCCGUGGCGCGCGUCCAACAGGAGCUGGCCCAGCAGGUGCGGGUCGCGCAGGCCAGCACCACGGCGGUGGCCCUGGAGUCCCUGGGGGCCAUGGGGACAGUCAGGGCCUUCGGGCACGAGGCCGGUGUCACCGAGCGCGUCCGGCGUCACCUGGCACGGGGACACCGGCUGGAGCAGAAGGAGGCGCUGGCCUACGCGCCGGUCUGGGCCAGCGGGUUUCCUGCCCUGGCCCUGAAGCUGGCGCUGCUCUUCCUGGGGGGACGCCUGGUGGCUGCAGGCAGUGUCACCCGCGGGGAGCUGGUCACCAUCCUCAUGUGCCAGCUCAACUUCACCAGGGCUGUGGAGGCCGUGCUGCUGUACGUGCCCAGCCUGGCCAAGGCCGUUGGCUCCUCUGAGACGCUCCUGGCGCUGCUGGAGCAGGCCGGGCAGGGGACACCCGCAGGGCCACCGCCCCCUGUGACCCCCCAGAGCUGUGACACCGCAGGGGCCCGAGGGCUGCGCCUCAAGGAUGUCUGGAUGUGCUACCCUGGGCGCGCCGAGCCGGUCCUCAAGGGGGUGUCGCUGUCGCUGCGCCCCGGGGAGGCCGUGGCCGUGCUGGCGCCCCCCGGCGGCGGGAAGAGCUCCCUGGCGGCGGCCGCGCUGGGGCUGCGCCCCCUGGCGGGCGGGGCGGUGCUGCUGAACGGGACCGCGCUGAGCCCGCGCUCGGAGCCCGCCCUGCGGGAACAGGUGGCCGGUGUCCUGCAGUGCCCGUCCCUCUUGUCGCGCAGCCUCAGCGCCAACAUCCGCCUGGGCUGGGGACACAAGGAGGGGACACCGGUGGUGGCAGCGGCGCGGCGGGCGGGGGUGCACAGCUGGGCGCAGCAGCUGCCGCAGGGCUACGACACAG